UGUGUUUCCUUAUCGUACAGCGUAUUACAUUUUUAUUUUUUCUUGCCGGUAGAAAGCAUUUUCUAGCUUAAUAUAUCAUAAAUAAUUACUUCGUAAACACGCCAAUUAAUAAUGAAAAAUAAUAUCUUUACGUUCAUUUCACGAAUAAUUAAAAAACGAGGUUAAGACCAUUCAAAACAUGAAAAAGGUGUUCAUGGUAUAGUGUUAUAAAAUUCUUGCAGAUUUUUACAAUUAUUAAUCAAACGAAAAUGUCCAUGAGUCUGAGAUGCUCUCUUGGGAGAGCAAAAGCAUCGUUGUCCAUUCAAGCGCGAGUGAUAUUUAAAUAUUAUUCGUCUCAACGUGAAAAGCCAGCCGAGAAACGCUAUACUAACACUGUUUUACUACCAAAAACAAGUUUUCCAGCCAAGAUUCUUGGCAAAAAACGCGUGGAAAUGGAUCAAUAUUUACUUGAUAAAUGUCGCUUUGCUGAUUUAUACAAUUGGCAGAGGGAAAAUUUGGAGGGUCCUGAUUUUGUUCUGCAUGAUGGUCCACCUUAUGCAAACGGAGAUCCUCACAUGGGACAUACAAUUAAUAAAGUUUUAAAAGAUAUAACUACAAGGAGUAAAGUAAUUAGAGGUCAACGAGUUCAUUAUAUUCCUGGUUGGGAUUGUCAUGGUUUACCAAUUGAGCUUAAAGCUCUAACUGAUGCUAAGAAAAAAGUAUUAAAUUUAACACCUUUACAGAUUAGAGGACAAGCUCGUAAAUUUGCUGAAGAAGCUGUUGCUAAACAAAGGCAAGUUUUUGCAUCUUGGGGUAUUAUGGCAAAUUGGAAAGAAAAGGGUUGCUAUUUUACAAACAAUACUUCUUAUAUAAUCAAUCAGUUGCAACAAUUUUUCCAACUGUACGAAAAAAAACUUGUGUACAGAGAUUUCAAACCUGUCUAUUGGUCUCCUUCUUCAAGAACUGCUUUAGCUGAAGCUGAAUUGGAAUACAAAAGUGAUCAUCAAAGCAAGUGUGCAACUAUCCGAUUAGUUUUAGUAGAAUUACCUCCAAAACUUGCAGCUUAUGAGGGAAAGUCAGUGUUUGGAUUAGCAUGGACAACAACUCCUUGGACAUUGGUUGCCAAUCAAGCUUUAGCAUACGCAUCAGAGGCAAAUUACUGUUUAGCAGAAGAUUCUCAAGGAAACUUAUAUAUAAUUGCAGUUGAUCUGCUCGAUAAAAUUAUUGAAAAAAUUGGUGAACUUAAGGUUGUUACAACUUUUGUUGGAAGUGACUUGAAGGGUGCCAAAUAUUCUCAUCCUAUAACUGGCACAACUCUACCUUUUCUGCCUGGAAGCCAUGUGAAUACUGAACAAGGCACGGGUUUGGUACACACAGCACCUGCACAUGGACAAGAAGACUUUUUACUAGCUUUAGAAAAUAAUAUAUCUGUGAUAUCACUAGUUGAUGAAGCAGGUACAUAUACUUCGGAUGCUGGUUUGGAGUUUGAAAGCUUGCAAGUAUUAGAUCAAGGUACUGAAGCUGUUUUAAAUCGAAUAAAUGGCAAUAUUUUGCACACAGAGGUGAUAACUCAUAGUUAUCCUUAUGACUGGAGAACUAAAAAACCAGUGAUUCUGCGAGCCAGUAACCAGUGGUUCAUUGAUACAAAUUCAUUAAAAGAAAAAGCAACCAAAUGUGCAGAAAAUGUAAAUAUUUAUCCACAACAACAGAGAACAGCUUGGCGUAAUGCUUUGCUAUCACAAUUAAAGCAGAGACCAUAUUGGUGUAUAUCUCGUCAAAGAGUUUGGGGUACUCCUAUUCCUGUUUUAUACUAUAAGAAUACUGGGAAAAUUUUUAUUACAAAGGACUGGAUUGACAGAAUAUGUAAACUAGUUGAAAAAUAUGGUGACGAUUUCUGGUGGGAUUUACCUGUUAAAAAGCUCAUUGGAAAAAAAUUACUGGCUGAAUUGAAUGUCAGUGAUACAGACCUAGAAAAAGGACAGGAUAUUUUAGAUAUUUGGUUUGACAGUGGUAUCUCCUGGUCAUUUGUAUUGCCCGAUAAGAAAGCAAACCUUUAUAUGGAGGGAAUGGAUCAAUUCACUGGUUGGUUUCAAUCGUCUCUCCUUACAUCUAUUGCUUUGCAAAAUUGUGCUCCUUACCAAGAUUUGUUCGUGCAUGGGUUUGCUGUUGACGAGAAGGGCAACAAAAUGUCAAAAUCUGUGGGUAAUGUCGUCAAUCCAGAAGAGAUAACCAAAGGCGGUAAAGAUAUGAACAAAAAUCCAGCUUAUGGAGUGGAUGUAUUACGAUGGUGGGUAGCAAGUCACGGAACCCAACACGCUCUCGUUCCAAUGAAAACCACUUUACUACAAGGCAGUGCAGAAACAAUCAACAAACUUCGAAAUGUUUUUCGUUUCCUACUUGGUGCUCUGCACACUUAUGAUGACAAGAAAAAUAUAAAUGUCGAGCCUCAGUAUCAAUUUUUGGAUAGAUACAUGUUGCAUCAGCUGUAUCAAUAUUCUCAACAGAUUCAAUUGCUGUACGACAAAUACGAAUACCACAAUGUCAGCAAAAUGAUAGUCAGUUUUAUUACGAACGACGUAUCGGCUAUUUAUUGUCACAUGAUCAAAGAUCGGCUGUACUGCGAAAAAAUUGAUUCACCUUAUAGAUUAGGUGCUCUUGAUGUAACUGGCGAAGUUUUAGCUGUUACUGUCAGGUCUGCCGCUCCUAUUCUACCUCACUUGACUGAAGAAGUAUGGCUCCAUCAUCCUGAAAAUCUUGCAUCAGUUCCACUAUUUCAUUCGAAGCAUAAGUUACUUGAAAGCUGGAAUAAACCGGAGGUAAAAGAAACAGUGGAGAAAGCUUUGCAUGUAAAAAGUAUCAUCAACAAAUUAACGUCUGAGAACUCGUGGCUAUCAAGAGCUAUUAUCAGAGCUAAUUCCAAGGAUUUUGAACUUUUAUCGUUACUACAACCAAACGAAACAUCCGCAACAUCAGAACUCUGUGAUAUUUGUCAAGUUUCGUCAAUAACUCUUGUAAAGGAUGACACGUGUAACGAAUUGAAUGUCAGUUUAGAAACUGUAAAUCAACCACUUUGUAAAAGAUGUAGGAGAUAUUUAGAGCCUGCAGACGGUGAACUUUGCGAUCGCUGUGCUGAAAUACUGAACAUCGAAUAACUUUUUUUGUA